AUAGCUUAAUGCUCACAAUCUGUCAGCUGCUUCAUUGGUAAUGAGUGUAUUAUGUUUACAUCAAAUCAAUUGAUACAUAAAGAAAUGUGUGUUUGAAUUCAGAUUCGAUUUUAUGAUAAAGUUUACAAUCACAGUUCAGAAAAAUAUACAGCAGAACCAUGGCAACAUCCAGCGAUAAAGGAAAAUUAGAAUUUGCAGCAGAGCAGAAUGUAGCUGAAUCUCAAGACAUGCAGGACUUGAAGUUGAGAUUUGAAUCUCCAAAACGAGCCACAACUUUAUCUACUAGUACAAGCAGUUUCGAGGCUCUUGAUCCUCAUGAUCCAAAUCUCAGUCGAUUAGCAAAUACAAUGUUCCAAAAAACUAGUGAAUAUUUACAUGAAGAACUUGUUGCUACUCACGAUGACUACAAAUUAUUGGAAACAAUGAAUAAAGAAACAAUAGCCAAAUAUGCUGAACUCAAGUCAAUAUCUAGUAAUGUCAGUCAAUCGCUUGAUGUACUAAAUCAGAAGUAUAAGAAAUUGCAACCAGUGCUAGACAAUAUAAAUCAAAUAGACGAUAGUGUUUCAAAAUUGGAGCAAGCAGCAUACAAACUUCUAGCGUAUUCUAAUAGACUAGAAGCAAAGUUCAAAGACAUAGAAAAAGAGAGUAAAAAAUAAAUUUUAUAAGGAUAAUUGUUUUGUAUGACCAACAAUUUAUAAAAUUCAAGUCAUUUGUAACAAGGUGAUAGGUCUACAAUCAUUUGUUUGAAUUAUAUUAAGAAGCAUUUAUAAAACAUCAAGAUAUUGAUUGGUGUUCCAUUACUUUUAUGAUCUAUUGUACAUUAUCUUAAAUUUUGUUGAAUUAUUACGUAGUGAUCAAUACAAAUAUAAUAAACAAACAAAAGUUAUAGUUUAAAAACAUUCGCUUUUAUUAAUCAGUAUUGGUUUGCACA